CUUUACUAUUCCUUGAUGGCAUGUUUUUAAAGUCCAUGUAUAAGGGGUCCUUGCUUUCGGCUUGCACCAAGGAUGGAAACCAAGGUUUGUAUCCGAUUUGUUUUGCUAUUGUCGAUGGUGAGACAUAUGAAAGUUGGCAUUGGUUCUUGGAACAGAUGAGGGUGUUCUUACAAUUUGAGAGGAAUGUUGUUUUCAUAUCGGAUCGGAACAUAGGUUUGUUGCAUGCUGUGGCAGAUGUGUUUCCUGGGGCAUCUCAUUCCUACUACUUAGUUCAUCUGAAGAAAAACUUGAGGACACGCUUGGGGGGUGUUGCUAUGGAUCGGACGAGAUAUUUGGUAGAAUUGUUUGGUAAAUGUGCUUAUGCACCCACUUUGGAGUUAUUCAAUGAACUUUUGGCCGAGUUGGAGCGUGAAGGUGGAGACAAGAUGAGGGAUUUCUUAUCAGAUUUAGAUGUCAAGCAUUGGGCCCAUGCGCAUUUUCCUGGACAUCGCUAUAGUGAGUUGAGCUCCAACCUUGCUGAGUGUUUCAAUAGAUGGAUCAAGGAUGAAAGACGUUUGCCUGUUACGCAACUCGUGGAUGCAAUUCGGAUGAAGCUCGUGGAACAAAUGUCUCGCAGAAAAGAAGAGUUGUUGAGGUUUAAGACAACUGUGUGUCCGACGUGGGAUGCACGGUUAGCUGGCUUGUUCCAGUUUUCACGGACUUGGGUUGUCCAAAAGUCGAGUGCUGAUGUGUACGAUGUGCGUGGCAAUCUGAGCAAUAUUGUUAAUAUCUGUUAGCGUAGGUGCACAUGCAGGGAGUGGCAACUGAAUUGCUUCCCGUGUGUGCACGCAGUUUGUGCUAUAAGGAAGAGCGGGUGUGAUCUUAAUGAUUUUGUUGAGCCAUGCUAUUUGGUUUACAGUUUCCGUGAGGCUUAUUCGAAGUCAAUUGAACCAAUCCCUACAGUUUAUAAACCAGAUUCUGUUGCUGAUUCCGAUGAUGUUAUCCUUCCUCCUUUGCAAAGGAGGCCAGCGGGUAGGCCAAGGACCGAGCGCGUAUCGCCGAUUUGGAAGACUACUAGGAAAAGGUUAUGUUCUAGGUGUGGGACCGUUGCGAGGCACAACAAAAGGACUUGCAAGGAACCUCUUCUUAGUUGAUUCUUAGAAUGACACAUUAAAGUCUUUCUGCAUUCUUCUUCACAAAAGUUUAUGAAUUGGGAGUUUGUUUAGUUUUACAUUGCGUUUCCAAUAAGUUGCGUAUUGCGAUAUUGGUUGAG